AUGAUCACUGCCUCGGUACUGGGGAAAAUCAGAAAAAUGCAGGAAAGCCAGUUCACCUCAGAGCAAUACACUGUCAAAUGCACUACCGAGCGAUGGAGAAAGUUUGUGGUACAAAGGCUAUCCAGAACCUACCAAAUUAUCGGCCGACGCGCCAUCCAGCGCGCCAUCGCCCUUCUUGUCGAGGCAUGGUCGCGUAUGGAUUUUGAGCCAAUGACUGAAGACCAAGUGAAGAUCCAGGGGUUGGGGGGCGGGGGCUACCCACUAAGUCCACUGGAUAGAUAG